AUGGAGGAUGCAAACGAUUUGGUGGAUCGGCCAAGUAUUGUGUCACGCUUCUUUUCAAGUAUCGGAGUGAAAUACCAGUAUUAUCUGGAUUCGUUGACUCCAUAUGGGUCAAUACGAUGGGUUAUUGCCAUCGCCCUCAUAAUUCUGUUCAUGUGGCGAAUUAUCGCCGUUGAGGGUUUCUAUAUCGUCACUUAUGCCCUUGGAAUAUAUUAUUUGAAUCUGUUUCUGGCCUUCCUAACGCCAAAAAUGGAUCCCGCACUUGAUUUCGACAAUGAAGAUGAAGAGGGACCAACACUUCCAUCGAAGGGUAAUGAAGAAUUUCGACCUUUUAUGCGACGCCUCCCUGAGUUUAAGUUCUGGUACUCUACUGUAAAAGCGACACUGAUAGCAUUUACAUGCACGUUCUUUGAAGUUUUCAACGUUCCAGUAUUUUGGCCUAUUCUUGUGAUGUAUUUCAUCAUUUUGACGUGCCUCACAAUGAAACGUCAGAUUAUGCAUAUGAUCAAGUAUCGUUAUAUUCCGUUUACAACUGGCAAACCGCGAAUGAAGGGCAAAGAGGAUUCAGGCAUUGUGAUUCAAGGCUAG